AUGGCCGCAUCCACCCAAUUCGUCCGGAGUGAUUCUCCCACCAACAUGACUUUCCGCGAUACCAAUUUCGACCCCUUUCUCUCCGCUCCAUACGACCCAGAAGAAGCUUUCGAAUCUAGCGCUAUCAGGUUGACUCCAGUCAAUGGCGGUGAUUCCAGCAAAGGCGCGACGUCGCCCUCCCCGCUGAACCGGGGCGACUACGGCUCGACGAACGGUGAUGGGAACACCGCGUCCUUUUCGGACUUUCUAAGCCCGGUCGAUGACUUCUCCAGCAAUCUGAGCUCGAACAACUCUCCCGGCGCCGAUUACCUGGUCGAACCCUUCCAUAUGGACACUAACUCCGACUCCCACUCCUGGCAAUCUCCACCACAUUAUGGCGACACGAUCUCGCCCCAAGCGACCCUUCAUACCCCUAAUCUCGUGACUCCUAGCCAUACGAGCAACCCCAGUCCCUCUCCAAACUCCAAAGACUACUCUGGGUACAAUGUCCAUCCAUCGCAGUCUCUCACUCUGAUCACCACGCCUCCGGACGAUACACUCCGCGUGGAUGCACCCGAUUCGGCCAUGGCCCGGAGCCCGAUCGUCAAGGUGGAGAGCGUCUCCAGGGGGGACUCGCCAGACCGACUAUCCUUUUACUCGAGAGGUCGCUCCGCCGUCCAUCUCUCGCCCGGUGACCAAUCUAGCGAAUCCGGGGACGAAGGCCGGGAGAAUCGGUUCCUGAACACGGCUCCGUCAGUCCCGCGGAGCCAAGAUGGCUCGUGGGUUCCCAACGCGGCGACUGGACAAGCGGGCCUUGAUCCACAGUCUCGCGGGGAUGUCAUGGUCCCCAGCCCCAAUGAGAUGGAUCUCCGGCGCCAUCUGGAUGAGAGAAAUAUCGAUAUCCGUAUUUGGUCGGAGUCGGUGAGCGCGGCGAAUAGCGAUGCGGGCGAAGUCAGCCCUUACCGCGGUCGUAAGGGCCAUGUUGGCUCGCGGCGCCGGGCAAAGAGUGCUGGGGAUCCGUCCCUGCGAGAAGAUUACUUCUCCUUCUCCAAAGACGCGUCCAUUCCCGGCCCCGGCAUGCUGGUUCAUGUGAGCAGUGAUGAUGGUGAAACCGACUAUGGCUCAGAUGCUGGGGGUAGCAUUUCUGAGUCCCUCGUGGAUGGUGACCAGCCAGAUGGCUCGUCCUCUCCCAAGCAGCAGGUGUUGGAUGAGCCGGUUUCGCCCAGCCAGUUUCGCGGGUCCCCGUGGGACGACCCUCGAAGUGUUACACCGGACAACACAACUCGCGGGCAACCGUCAACCUCCUCCCAGGCGAUGAUGGAGUUUCAGCGUCGUGAUAGGGAACUGGACAAUAUUUCCCGUGUUGCGACGUGGGGCACCCGACCACUCAGCCAGGCGGACAUUGAUAGUGUCAUUGGGGACGGAGGCGCCUUUGGUGCUUUGACGAUUAAUGAGAAGCGCAAGAAACAUGAGAGACAGAGAAGCCUCCGGAAGCUUUUGCAGAUCAAGACGCCAAACAACUUGAAACGACAGUUCUCUGACUUAUCCAGCAAGCUGCCUAGCUCCGACAGCGCAAACAACAGAGGGGACGAGGUCAAGAGCCCUCCCCAGAGGAAAGAUAGUUUCCCCCAUAUCAGUUUACGACGGUCGUCCCGAUCGCCCAGCUUGAGCACUGGGGGCGCUGUGUUGGCCAUCACGAACCAGAUGGCCGCGAUCGGCGGCAAGGACACCAUGAAAGUGGCAUCCCCCAAUUCGUCGACCAGUCCUUCCUGGUCUUCGUUCAAGCGUGGGAGAAGCAGAAGCGAUGUUCCCAGAAACGCGGGGCCUGGACUGAUGGAACUGAUCCGGACCCAUGGUGGGCCGCCCGUCGCUAACAUUGCUACGUCGCCGCAGCUGGUGAGCCAUCGCGACGCGGCCCCGACUCCGUCCACGUCGAAACAGGUGGCGGGCGAUGACGAUGACGAUGAUGAGGAUAUGCUCGACGAGAAGGCGUUGGUGAUGGAGUUCCCCGUGCAGUCGCGUCUGCCGGUCCCUACACUCGAGGGUUUCAAGACACAGAUCACGCAGUUGAACCCUCGGCUGCAACCCGCGUUGGUUGAACGCUUUGCCAACGAGCAGCUGCGCCGCUACCGGAAUCUGGUGGAGUGCAAGCAGGCCCAUGCCAAAGCCGCCAGCAACAACUCAUGUCCCUCUGGAGGGUACUGCUUCGCACAGGGUGGUGAAGCCAAACUCCUGGCACCCCGGGCGAACCCCCAGGAUGCGGAUGCCGCGCAUACGCAGUUUCACAUCCCUGGUCAUGGAGAGACGCCUGACGACCCCCAGGCAUUAGGAGAGGGGGCCGUGACUGCGGCUCAGUUUCCUCCCGGUGUCCUCUUACCACCGGUCGCACGGCUUCCGGCCGAGUUCGAAUGCCCUAUUUGCUUCCAGGUGAAGAAAUUCCAGAAGCCUUCCGACUGGACCAAGCAUGUGCAUGAAGACAUCCAGCCAUUCACCUGCACCUUUCCCGACUGCCCGGAUCCAAAGUCUUUCAAGCGCAAGGCAGACUGGGUCCGCCAUGAGAGCGAGCGACACCGGCAUCUGGAAUGGUGGACCUGCACCCACGCGGACUGUACCCACAAAUGCUACCGGAAAGAUAAUUUUGUGCAGCACCUGGUCCGUGAGCACAAGAUGCCGGAGCCAAAGGUCAAGAAGACCAAGACCAAGAAUGCUGCCAACAAGAGCCCCGGGGGUCCAGGCUCGCAGGAAGAGAGCAACCGGGAGCGCGAGAUUGAACGAUUGUGGAACCUUGUUGAGAGCUGCCGGCAUGACACGACCAAGGGUCCUCGCGAGGAGCCGUGCCGGUUCUGCGGCAAUGUCUGCAGCAGCUGGAAAAAGCUUACGGUGCAUCUGGCCAAACACAUGGAGCAGAUUGCCAUGCCUGUUCUUGGUUUGGUCGGGGAGCGGGACCCGUGUCAUCACCCUGGAGGCAGCCGUGCUGGGGCCGAGCCUGUGAUGCAUGAAACAAGGAGUUUUGCUCCUCGGCUAGAGGGGGUCCAACCCGGUCCGGACGUGUCGAUACAUCUGACACAAACCCAAUACAACCACACCAGCAGCAACAACACCGAGGGCGGCGGUCUUACUGCGCCGUUCAACCCCACAUAUGCUCCGCAGCUGACAACCAUGCCGGACGGUAUCAUCUCGGAGGAACCCGAGUCGAUGGAGGCGUUUGAUGGGAUCUCCUACGGCGGCGCACCGGCGGGACUGCAUCUGGUGGUGCCAGGCGACCAGUCACGGUUCAUGCCUGUGCAUCAGAACUCCGUGACUUACCCGCCGGCCGGGCCACGGCUCAAGGUUUCCAACCCGGACUUGAGUGUCUAUCAAGAUGCGUACUCGUAUGCGAUACCCUCGACCGAGAUGCCCGCAGCUACGUAUGAUACUCAGGGCUCAAUGUACAUACCGUCGGCGACCAGCAGCUACCCCUACGCGCACCCCAUGGGCCAGUCGAUGUCAUACGACCCAUCGCAAGGGUACCGGGGGCAAAAUUAG